GUUCUGAAUAUCGGCACCGGACGAGCUCCUGGACAUGUUGGGCUGCUGCUGUUGCUGGCUGUUCGGGCCAGCCACCGCCUGGGACUUGCUGGCAUCGUGCGCAGCAGCGAGCGCCUUGCCGGUCUUCUUGACGGCACCGUUGCCGUUGCGAGCCACUUGAUUGCCCAUUGUAAGUAUCUACCGCUCGCUGCAGUGCACCGCCUCCGUCACGCGCGCGCGUCUCGACCUCGAGCUCCUAACCUCCUAGUGCAGCGCGUUUCGCGGCUCUCUCUCUCUCUCUCUCUCUCUCUCUCUCUCUACUCUUCCUCGCGCGGCGUAUAUUUUUAAGUAUCUAGGCGCGCCAGCAGACUUUUUGAGGACAAGAGUGACACCGACGGUAUCAGCUUGUUUCCCAUGCGGAGCUGGUGGAGCAGCAGCUCUCCGCGCGACGACGACGCAGCGGCUGCAGCAGCAGCAGCGAAAGAACCAGCUCGUGUGUGUGUGUGUGCGUGUGUGUGCAGCGUGCACUGCGUGCAGUGCUGCUGUGCUGUGCAUCAAAAUAUAAGAAUCAGAUUCGGAACAGGCCGACAACUUUCGGGGCGCAAACUUUGUCGUUUGAAUCGCCCCUUGCAGAGCUUUUGGAGCAACGAAGAUAUGCGAGUUAGCCGCGGUUCGGAGCUUGUGUUGGAGUUUUGUAUGCUCCGAUUUUUUCCUGCAAAAAUUCCCGUUAAAUGUUUUUUCUGCGAAAGAAUCGUGGCGAAACACGGCGUAUUUUUGGAAAAAAUUAAGUAUAGCUGCGACGUGUUUUCUAUUAUAUUAAAUUAUAUUAAAUAAUAGAAAAUUGUAUUAUGUUGUAUUGAAUGUGCAUGAAAAAUGAGAAUACAUAUAUUGUUAUUCUCAGAAUACAAAAGAUUCGGUCUUGCUUUUAUAUUAUUGAGUAUACUGUCCGGAAUAGUUUUUUUAUGCCUUUUGUUCGCCCUUUGUACACCCUCUUAUUCGCGAGAAUAAAGAAGGCUUUUUUUCUGCCGGUUAUUGAAUUUGAACGAAAUUGAAAUGAAGAGGGAAAGUAAAGAAAAAUCAACUGACAGCUAAUUAUUUUACAAGUAAAGUGUACAAUUUCGUCAAAGCUCUACUUUGUAGAUCAAUAAAAUACAUUUCUACAAAAACAUUCGUUUUUACAGUUUUCUCAAAUUGUAUUUAAAAAUCAAAUAACGCGCGGUCUUGAGAUCUAGUGGUUUUAGAAUUUUAGGGAUAUUUAAAAGACAUUGUUUACUGUUCGUGUACUAUAUGUAUAUAAACACACGGCGACCUUCGAGAGUCGGUUAGAGCUCACCGUGCGUUCCAGCUUGUGUUUUGUACACGGCUUCGUGGUAGAUAGAAAGAGUCUUAGUUAAGGAUAAUUAUCGUUAUAAAGAGCUGCGAAGAUGGCGGAUCCGCAAAGAAAUCGACUGAACAGCAUCGUUAUCACCGGCAGUGACAUGAACCACAGGACGUUCGGUGAAGAGGAGUUGUGGAACUCCUUGCAGUCGACAGUUUUAGCAGGAAAUCUGACUAUGAACGACGCUUUGGACGUUAAAAACGUUGAACAAAUAAAAGAUCUGACCACUGUAGACGAGGAAAGCCUGUCGGAGGAUAAGGGAGAUCGUACGCAAUACGAAGAUAUCCUGAAUAUGAACAUCUGUGCAAUAGGAUCUGAUGAUGAGGCAUUUUUUGACUGCCCAAGCUAUUCUCCGAGAUACUCUCCCAGAAAAUUGAAAUCGCCUACUCUCGGUGCUAGCUUCAAAUAUUCUCCAAAGUACUCUCCGAUGAAAUCCAAGCUCUCGCCUUCUAGCGCUAAUUACGGAAACUUUUUAACGACCGAUUCGGCGAGCGAGAUAAAGGAAACUUCAACGUCUGACGGUGGAUUGGACGAGCGCACUGGUUUCUUGCUGGCUCAGAUAGUGGACGAUUUUAACAAUAUAAGAAGCGAGGCUCAGUCGACUCCGAAUUUGGAUCAGGACAUCAGUGAAGAUUUCAGUGUUUUCAAAAGAAAUAUUUCGAAAAAUAGUGAACACUGCAAGGACAGUAAAAGAAAGCUCAGCUUUGCCAGCGAAGAACCUGCGGCGAGAGAGAAAGCAGCCAAGGCUAAGAGCAAGAAAGGGGUUAAUUCGCCGGUCGAAUGGAAGCCCGCCAGACGGGUAGCGAGAAUGAAGGAGUUUUUCGAGAACAAGAGCAGAAGCGCCGAAGAAUCUCGGAACAAUCAAACGUCGAGAACAUCCAGUUGCGCGAAAAAGUCAUUCAUACCGAAGUUGUCGACUUCCUCGUCAAGAGUCUUUAGCAGCAGCACCAGGAUCGCACCAAAGUUGAUGAAAACUCGGUUUCAUUCGAGAAGCCCAAGCUACAAGAUUAUCUCCGUACCGAAGUUGGUCAUCACGCCGGUCCGAAGGUCGAUCGCUUCGCCUGCGAGCAAAAGCGGCAGCCGCUCGUUGAGAGCGUCGUCGUGCUCCGAGUACCCGCCCGAGUCCUCGGAAACUAACUAUUCCCAGCGCUCGAGAAGUCAUUCGGCUAGCGAAAUCGAGUCUAAUGCGUCGGCAGGUGCCAAUAACUCUACCAAGCUGAUCAACUCGAGCAGACUUCGAAAUACGACGAGGGCCUACUAUUUCAUCACCAACCGAAAGUCUACUCUUCACAGGAAUUCCCCCAAAGGACAGUCGGUGAUUUCCAAAAGAAGAUCGGUUGGCGUAGCGGCUAAAUCGAAAUCGCCAAUAAAGCCGGUGCGCGAGUUGCGGAAAGUCUUCAGUCCAUCGUCCAAGCCCACUGUUAUCAAUCAAACCAAGUCUAUAAGAAGCAAACUAAUUUAAGAAAGCACGAGUACUUUGAAUAUAUAGUUUAUUAGUGUAAGAAAGUGUGUACCGUUUCGACUUUUGUAAUUUUUUGAGAAUAUAAAUAAGCACGACUAUAAAAACUCUUUA